UGGCAGCAGCAUCGCCUGCACCCCCUAAGCUGUGACGGGGGGAGGGUCUUGCACCAGCGUCGCCUGCACACACACACACACACCCUGCAGUGGCAAGGGUCUAGCACCAGCAUUGCCUGCAUCCCCCCAGCAACGACAGGGGAGAGCUUGUGCCAGCAUCGCCUGCCCCCCAAGCAGUGGGGUCUGGCUGCAGCGUUCCCUUUCUUGCCUGCAGAAGCCUCCUGGCCAGGGCGAAGCUGGUAGCCAAAGCAGUUUUCAGCAGUUGACGGACUUUGAUCUGUAAGGAGCGAAACUGGUGGAGUUUGGAGCUCUUCAGUUCCUGGCAUCUCCAAGUCCUGCUCUGGAUGUCAGAUUUUCCCCUUGGAUCUGCCUUGCCUCUUCUGUCCUUGCCUAGCCGGUCUGUCUGCCUGGCCCCUACCCCAGCAUGGCAGCCAUCAAAAACUUACAGCUGUGGUGCAAGCAACAGUGUGAAGGCUACCGGGAUGUCAGCAUCACCAAUAUGACCACCUCUUUCCGGGAUGGCCUGGCAUUCUGUGCUAUCCUGCAUCGGCACAAGCCAGAGCUCAUAAACUUCAACAUCCUCAGUAAGGAAAACGUCUAUGAGAACAACCACUUGGUAAGUGACUCACUGGGCGAGCACAAACCCCUUCCCUUCUGUUCCCACUGCAGGCAUUUUUUGCUGGAUGCUGAGGAUAUGGUGGCUCUGAAGGUGCCGGACAGGCUGAGCAUCCUCACUUAUGUCUCCCAGUAUUAUAACUAUUUCCACGGACGGUCGCCAAUUGGAGGCCUGUCUGGAAUCAAACGUCCCACUUCUGAAUCCAGCGAGGAGCCACCCGGAAAAAAGGUCAUUUCGGAACCCAUCAAGCAGACCCCUGUGAAGCCAUCACCAGCACAUCCCCCGCCCACAGCCAAGACAGACCCAGCACGUCCGGGGCAGGAUCUGCCCAAGGAGAAUCCCCCGGUGACAUCGAAAAGGGUCCUGACAGACAGUGGUAAUAUCCGCAGCAGCGGCUGUGCCAUCUGUGGGAGUCAUGUGCACCUGGUGCAGCGACACUUGGUCGAUGGGAAGCUCUAUCACAGAAACUGCUUCAGGUGCAAACAGUGCUCCAACACUCUACUCUCUGGGGCCUACAAAGCUGGGACAGAACCUGGGACUUACAUCUGUACCAACCACCAGCAGCCACACAAUCUCUGGAAUUCUGGACCACACAGCAUAGAGAACAAACCUGCCAGAACCUCCCCAGCCUCAGGAGAUCCCCAGAAGGUGUUAGUGAAACCAAAUCAGUUCAACAGAGACACCAGCUCCACCUCCAAUCCUCCCAGUUCCACCAGGCUGUCUGGAUCACAUGCUGGAAGCAAUUCCAGCUCCGGCUCCAAAAGCCUAAUUGCUCCAUGGUCACCAUCAGCUGGGAAUAAAUCAGAUCACCAUGAAGGUCUCACUUCGCCUUCUUGGACAGCGUACGCAGCAAAAACGCAGCAAGCGCGAGAGAAUUUCUUUCAGUCCGAUACGGGUACGUCAGGGUCUGCGACUGGCAAAUCACCAGCUACUAAAGAUCAAGUCCUUCCUUCUCAUCCCUCACAGGCAGCUAGUAAAACCACGUCCAGCCUACAUAUUUCCCAGGCAAACUCAGGUGGCAAUGAGAAGGAUAAAGCACGUCAGCAUCUCACACAGGCUCUUCCUGGGUUAAAUGCCUCUGCAAACAAGCUAGGAGGGGUCAGUUCGCAUGGCUCCCUGCUGCCCAGCAGGCAGAGCCCCGAUCACAAAACACAGGCCAAUAAACCAGGUCAUAUAGAAAAACCAGGGCCUGCUGCAUGGACACCGGUAACUAUCCAUGAACCUUCACCCAAACAUCCAGGAAGCAAGUUAGGAAUUUCGACUGUCACGCAGAACAGAGAGAAGGGCCCAACCAUCCCCAGAUCUGCCAGCACAGUGUGUAAACCUGACCCGAAGGAUGCCAGAGCAGGAGGAGUGAAUGCCACCAAAGAGAAGUUAGAGAGCCCAGAAGGUUGGCGAUCCAUGUUGAAGCCAGCAGCCAACAAAGACUCCAACCAGGGCGGUCCUAAGAAACCUAUGGACAGUGCCAAAGUGCCCAGCAACACAGCCCUGAACCCCACACAGGAGAAGUCACCUUCAUCCAUUGCCUUGCCAGCAAAUAAGAACACUGCUCCAUCUGCUGCGCUGCCUCAAAAGAAGAAACUGAUCCCUAACAAGAGUCUUAGCAGUGACUGGAGAAAAUGUGGAGAGGAGGAGUCAGGCCCGACAAACCAGGUGUCUGCUCCAGGUAAACCACUGGCUCCAAAAAUCUUCCAGCGCCCUGUGAGCAAUGAAGUGGCAUCCCCGAGCAAGCUCCAGCCAGACUACAUCCCUGAGGAAGAAAUCCAGGAGAAGGUGCGAGAGAUCGAAAAGCAGCUGGAUGAGCUGGAGCUCAAAGGAGUUGAUCUGGAGAAGCAUCUGCGUGACUGUGAGGGAGAUGACUCAGAGGAUGCUCUCAUGGUGGAUUGGUUCAAACUGAUCCACGAGAAACAGCUGCUGCUGAGACUGGAGUCAGAGCUGAUGUACAAAUCGAAACAGCAGAAGCUGGAGGAGAAGCAGUGGAAUAUCGAGAGUGAGUUGCGGCACCUAAUGAGCAAACCAGACGAGCAGAAGACGCGCAUGGAGAGGAUGCGGGAGCAGGAGCUGCUGGACUCAUACGUGAACAUAGUCAAUGACCGAAACGAUAUCGUGGAAUGCCUGGAUGAGGACAGACUCAGGGAGCUAGAGGAGGAUCAGGUGCUGGCAGACAUGAUCCAGAAGCUGGAUGCGUCCCACGAGAGCCAGGCCCCCAACAAGAUGAAGAACAAGUUCCGCUGGUCCAAGAUCUGGAAGCAGAAAAGCAAGAAGAAAGCUCAGCAGUGAGGUUCCCUGCAUGGCAGCGUGAAGGGCCACAGACUCCAGGAAACAUUCCCUCUCCAGCCCUGCUGCUCUGGAGUCAGCCAGAGCUGCUCUGCCAUGAGACGGGGACUCAGGCAUGAGGACUGUGGGGGGUAGUGUGACUUCUCCCUCCUCUCAGAAGCGGGAGAUAGGGGGCUCCAGGUGCUAUUCCCCUCCCCUUCCUUCAGCUGAGUGAGAGCUACAGCCACUGCCAGAGCCAGGGACUUGGGAACUCAUUGAGCCAGCACGCCGCUGGUUUGCUCGCUGUCAGCUAGCACGUUGACUCUCUGCUCACACCCGUUCUGAUGUUCAUCAGCACAACUACGCGAGCCCUCGAGGUACCACGGAGCCCUCCUGCCCAGGAUGGGUACGUGCUGGGGAGCGGCUCCUCAGCCUUCCUCCCGGCACACACUUGCUCUGCGAACAUUCGGAAGCUCGUUGGCUGCGUUGCAGGACAGCACCUGCUGUUGGCCUGUCUCGGCUGACGCAGGCUCGUGGGCUGUAGGACACCAGUGUAGAUGUUCAGGCUGGAGCCCGGGCUCUGAGACCCCCUGAUGUGGGGCAAGGAUCCCAAAGCUCCGACUCCAGCCGGAACGUGAGCGGCAAUGCUGCGAUUUUAUAGCCCUGCAAUCCCGAGUCAGCUACCGCAGCCCAAGGGGGGGGUGUCUUCUUGCAGUGCAGCCCUACCCCGAAAGGCUGCAUGGCCGGGAGUCGCUGUGGGCACCUGGGGCAGAGGAACACCCCGCAUGCUCUCCACAGGCCCCAGCACAGGGAAGGGAGGGCGGGCACGGAGAUGGGCAUCUGGCUCGCGUGAGGAGGUGAGGGGCGGAAAGGACCUGGCUGGACUUAGAGGAGAGAGGCUGCUGCAGGGACCUGGAGCAGCCCUUUAGCUUUCCAAACCACAGGCCCGGUGUGUCUGGGCCAGGCAUCCCCAUGACAUGACACUCCCUGCCCCUCUCUGCAGGGCUGUCCUGGGGAGUGCCUGGGAAGUGGGACCCUCGCUGCCUAUAGCCCGUCACUCUGAAGGGGGCGGCAGAACCUCUUCUAAUGAGCCGGUAACUCAGGAGCCCAAGGGGGCGGUGGGCAUGAGCCUGUCCACCCCUCCCCCAGCCACAGUGGGCUAAACAGUUGUCUAGGGAGACUCCUUUAAGGGUAAACCAGCUAUCCCAGGGAGUUGCGUUCCGGCUGGGAAGGGGAGGCAGCGGGUGCAGGGGAAAUUCUUUACUGGGCUGAAGGAGUCUCAAGUCAACGCCUCUCUCCCCGUCCCUCCUCUGGGUACAAGCAGAAAAGGACCGUAGCUGUGCAUCCGAUCUGACCGGUAGACACUCGGUCUUCAGCACGGCCGCAGCAAUGAGCACGAAGACUGGGAGGAGGGCUUACAAAUCUUACUAGAUCCGCUGCAGCACUUGCAAGCUGUGGAAUCUCCCUGCGGUUGUUCCCUGGCUCCGAUACCAUGCAUCUCCUUAGCAUCUGCUCUGCUGGGAGAGAAACUCUGUGUCUCUCCUGGGAAGUAGGUGGUCACACGGUGGGAAAAGUUUGCAGUCUGUGCCUCCCGGAAGUAUGUUGGUGUCAUGCUCUCCUCCUCCGCCAGGUGGCAUUAUGGUUCUCUGACCAAGUUACUUUGCCCAGGGCAGCGAACAGCUGAUUUGCUCAGGAAGCCUGUGCAGCCCUUUUUCGGUACAGUGUGUGUUGUGUGUCUACAGUCAGUGGGGCCUCUGGGGAUUUGCUUUGUAUUGGUCUGUUUCUGUUCAAUAAAUAAUAAAACUUAGAGGAAACGUGGA